AUGGUCCUGGUGCCAAACGAGCUGUAUAUGAACACUCUCUGGAAAAACACGCUGUUGCUCCAGGACGCAGUGACAGGUGCAAAUGUGACUGAUAUGAACAGUGUGUUCCUGGUGAAGUGCCCAUACGGUGGGUGUCCACGAGAGACACUAAACAGUGGUGAGCAGGCAGUGAGGGUUGAUGUGUGUACUGGGACCGCUGUCACGGAUCGUGUGUACUUGUCUGCUAAGGGUGGGCCCUUCUCUGCAACAACAGGUGACUACGCUGUCUGCGCGGAUUACGGUGCAGAGGUUGGUAUGUCUCCCGCUGCACUUCCAGUAAGAGUAUUGCAGGAUCCCUUUGUUUUCAAUGCCACUGUGAUUACAAACACGUUGGUGACGAUUGAUGUGCGUGGGGGUGAUCUCUCAUGGAGGCAGGAACCAUAUGAAGUGUGUGCGGUGCCGCCGAAUACACCGUGUGAGUCUGUGGCUACUGCUCGAGAUUCUGUGUGUGUGAGUGGUAGCACCCCAAAUUCCCCGUCUGUUGAUGUUGACAUCUCGAGUCUGUACAGUCUGUAUAAACUGGGUGCUGACAAUGUGACCUUUUGCUUUGUUGCAUCUGAUGUGACAUUUAACGGUCGCCGUUAUGUUUGGUCGCAUGAUGUG